AGAAAGAGAGAAAGAAAGAAUCAUUGUAGGUGAUCGUGCCAAAAAUAGAGGAGGAAAGGUUUGCCAUUUAUCAUUUCAGGGAUGAGUCAGAUGGAUAAGAAAUGACAACGAUCGAGUAGGAGUGAAAGAAUCGAGGAAAACACGUGGUGGUAGUAACGGAGAGAGUCUCUUGCAUCAUGUUCGUAUAAUAUUGUGGUUUAAUACGGCGCUAAGAAGAUAAGGAAUAGGGAGGAGAGAAGCAGUUAGCAAGGCGGGCAGGAAGGAAGGCAGCCGACGGCUGAGAGCCACGUUGCCUAUGCGAUUACGUGUGUCGGAUUGGUAGUAGUGUAGCAGUGUAGAGUGGGAUAAGUAUUCGGAGCGGGCGUCGACGAGGUCUCCUGAUUCGCCUUUUCUAGUGGUGGGAGUGUAGGGGGGUGUUAGUAAGCGCUGCAGCCAUCUUGUUGAACUCAGUCGGAAACCAACUGCCGAGCAGUGAGGGACGGUGAACGAGAAGACCAGAUGUGUUAGCCGAAGGAUUUUUAAUGCGCUUCCGAGCCCUAUUACCGCUACGUGCGAGAGGCUGUGCGAUAGCGACGAAGGAGCGACUAUCAUCGCGGGAUUUUCACGUUCGGAAAGCCCCAUUACGUCCGAUUAAAAACCUUCUGAGGAUUGGUCAAGGGGUGUAGCAGCAGCAGCAGCGCAGUAGUAGGAGAAAAUAGAGCGUUUUGGUUUUGAAAGAGUUCUCGGCGAAAGAGGGUUAUACAUUGUAAGGUAACCUUCUCGUCGUCAACAUUGAAGAACUAAAGAGAGAGAGAGAGAGAGAGAGAGAGAGAGAGAGAGAGGGAGAGGGAGAGAAGCUUAGCUUGCUUAGUCGUUGAUCAUUUGAUUUAGAGAAGAGAUAAAAGAGAAAUUUUGAGAGAUAGCGAGAGAUAGCGAGAAAGAGCGAGUUCAGUGUCAAAGUCUGUGAUAGUAUUUAUUCAAAGGAUUUCGAAUAUACAUUUAUCAACAGCGACAGCGUAACAUCAUCGGUCAACGGUAUAUCAAUUGCGCGCGCGCGUCGAAUCCAAGCGAAGGAUUUAGAUAGGCUUUAUAUAUUUAUUUAUAUCUGUGAUAUUUACACUGAUAUACAAUUCGAUCUAUUAACUCUGACGACGCAUUCUCUUUUGAUGAAGACAAGUGGGAAAGGAUAUCAUAGGUAUCGUAAGACGUCGCGCGUUAACACGCACGAAGAAAAAGAAGAAGAAGAGAUUUUCACACGAUAUUUCAUUUAAGGGAUCGUCGUAGGGAGAAAAAAGAGAGAUUAUAUCAGUAUCUUAGCAGAUAGGCGUUUUUUGUAUAUACGACUGACUCUUUUUUACGAUUAUUAAUACUGGUGCGAAAUCGCCAAAAGAGAGAAAGAGGAGCAGAAAGAAGUAAAAGUAGUAGAAGAAGAAAAAGAAGAGGAGGAAGAGGAAGAGACAAAAGUCAGAAAUUGAAUUUUCCUUGCGCCGAACGAAAGUACACGUACGUGAGCGAAAAUGGUGGAGAGAAUUGUCGAAGAACGCAGGAGCAGCUUUCAAGGGAAUCGUCAAGGCGAUGGAACUUGCAGAGACGUCGUUACGACGGGAGAAUCGAUGAGUGCUGUACAAGCGCGUCAGGAAGAGGCAAGACGCAAAAGACGCAGGAAGAAACGCUCUGGAUCCUCCUUUGUUUCCACUUGUUUUCAAGAUUUGUACAAAUUGACAGGAGAAGUUCUUGGAGAAGGAGCCUAUGCCUCGGUACAAUCGUGUACGUCUCUGUAUACAGAUUUGGAAUAUGCCGUAAAGAUCAUCGAUAAGAUUCCUGGACAUGCGCGUGCUAGAGUUUUCAAGGAAGUCGAGACAUUCCACCAUUGCCAGGGGCAUCCUAAUAUUAUACAGUUAAUCGAGUUUUUCGAAGAUGAAGAAAAGUUCUAUCUCGUUUUUGAAAAAAUCAAUGGUGGUCAACUGUUGAAUAGGAUUCAAGAGAGAGUGCAUUUCAGCGAGAGAGAAGCAAGUCAAAUCGUUAGAGAGAUUGCCAGUGCAUUAAAUUUCCUUCACAAAAAGGGAAUUGCGCAUAGGGAUUUAAAACCCGAAAACAUUUUGUGCGUUUAUCCGGACAAAUUAAUACCGAUUAAAGUAUGCGAUUUUGACUUGGGUUCUGGUAUAAAGUUCAACAACUCACUCUCCAGUCCCGUAGCUACGCCACAAUUAUUGACACCGGUUGGAAGCGCAGAAUUCAUGGCUCCGGAAGUAGUCGAGGCUUUUAUCGGCGAAACCAAUUAUUACGAUAAACGUUGCGACUUAUGGAGUCUUGGGGUGAUAAUGUAUAUUUUAUUAUGCGGCUAUCCACCAUUCUAUGGUAACUGUGGUACAGAUUGCGGCUGGCAGAGAGGAGAAAAUUGUCAAGCUUGUCAGGAGUUAUUAUUUACCAGUAUUCAAGAAGGGAGGUAUGAAUUUCCUGACAAAGAAUGGAGACAUAUAUCUGAGGACGCCAAGGAUUUAAUUAGAGGCUUGCUAGUAAAGGAGGCUCACCAAAGGCUCAGCGCAGAAUGCAUUCUUAAACAUCCUUGGAUUAAUCCUGGGCCAUCGUCGGUUGAUAAUAGCGAACAAUCUCUUAUCACGCCUCAUAUCAUUAGAAGAAAUAAUUCUGCUCGAGAGCUCUCAGCAUUUGCUGAGUCGGCAAUGGCUGUGAAUCGCGUGGUACUUCAACACUUUUCCAUUAACUUGGAGGAGUUGACGGAGAACAGGGAGCCAAGACUGUCUACGUCAUCAACGGAUGAUGACAAUCAUCCUUACGGUCACAUGUCCGACUCCAACAGUGAAUUGUCGGAGAACAGCAGUAACAAACACGCAACUCAUUCUUCCAGCGAAUUCGACAAUAGUUCGCGUCAAAAAUCUGGCUCAAUUAAUUCCAGCAUCGAUUUAAACGAAUCUAAAAUAAUCGGUAAGGAUCGAAUAAUAGGUAAAGAUUCGUUUCAAAUUUUUGGUCUCUCACCGCCUAGCGAGAGUAAAUUAAUGCAACGUCGUAUUAAAGCACGUUCGAGUUUGAUCGAAUGUCAAAAUAACAAUCCUGUUAUCGCGUCUCCAAGUGGCUGAAAUUUCACGAUUUUAAUAAGAAGUGUAAGAAAGAAAGAAAGAAAUAAUACCGAUCUCUCCUUCUUAGAGUAUAAUUCGUCUUUGCUACUACUUUCCCUUUCUGGAAUCGCAAAGGUGUAAUAUACUUUUAACAAACGGCUUAAAAAGAGUUACGAUUUAUUAGUGUAUAUAAGCAAUUCCUUCAUUCGAUUUAGAAUGAAAUUGGCUUGUAUAAACAAACAAAAAAAAACAAAAACAAAAUAUGAUUAAAAAGAACAAAACAAAACGAAAAAAAAUUAUAUAUAUAUAUUAAUAUUAAUAAUAAUUAUACUACGCGCUAUACAACAGGACAAUGACGGCGAUCUAAAGGAAUCUACGAUGAAUACAAAUAUUUCAUAUUAUAGUUUUUCUGUAUUUAAGCGAAUACGAAACACGACAAUUCAGUUCAUUGUUGCCCUUGUUUCUUCUUAUUACCUUGUGAUUUAUAUUUUUAUUUUCUUUUGCCCCUCUUAAUAAGAAUAUUUUUUGUUUAAUUUAAGCUGUCAACGUCUCUCUCUACGCGUGAUAAUUCUAUCUUCAUGUAGGCGGUAUAGUAGUAUCUUAUAUUAUGCAAGAGACAACAUUUUUCGCGGUGUCAUAGACGAAAAUACAUCGAUGUGGAUGAAAAGGUUGACCUUUUUUUCUAACAUCGAGACGAUAAUAGUCUCUUACAAAAAAUAAGAUUUCUACGUUGGAUACAUUCCAACUCGUGUAUUAUACUGUGUUACAAUUCACCAUUACUCAUUCAAUCAUCCAAGUUGUAAACUUUUGUAAAAUAUUAUGUCCCAAAUCAUCGAUCUUUAUUAGAAAAAAAAAAAAUAAGUAAAUAAAUAAGAAAUUAAUAAUUAUACUACGAGUUGGAAGGUUUAUCUCUACGUACUGUACAUGAUGCAUGCUUGUAUAUAACAUUAAAGGAGAAAAA